GUCGGCAUCUACGUCUUUUUUGUCAUGGAGAGAUCCAUCCACAUGGGCACCGAUAUGAAGAAGAAAAAGAAACGCGAAUUAUGCGUAGACACGACAGAACUAAAUGGUUUAGAAAACGGCGACUUCCCUGGCCAUUCUCAUGUGAAGCAAGAAGGGGGUGUUGCUGCUGUAGCCUGGACGCUUUUACUUGGAGACGCCCUCCACAAUUUUUCGGAUGGUAUCGCCAUGGGAGCCGCCUACACGGAAAGUGUAGCAAUGGGAGUUAGUGUUUCCCUGGCCAUCCUCAGCGAAGAACUUCCACACGAAUUGGGCGAUAUAGCCAUUUUGUUACACAGCGGGAUGACAAUCAAACGAGCCUUACUUCUAAACUUCCUGGCCGCGGUGACAAUAUAUAUGGGAUUGGUGAUCGGGAUCAUUGUGGGAGAGAACACAGACGCAAAUACAUAUGUCUUCGCCUUCUCUGGAGGAUUAUUUAUCUAUAUAGCGCUGGCUGAUAUGAUUCCGGAAAUGAAUAAUCAAGCCAAAUUUGCUGCCAGGGCUGGUAAGGACGGUACUAUGACAGUGUUUUUCUAUCAGAACAUUGGCCUUGUACUGGGAUUCGGUGUAGUUAUCCUUCUGGCAACAUACAGUUCCUACUUGUCUGUAUAGAGAGGCACAUUAGUAUAGGUUAAAUGUUUUACCAAGACGGAUAUUU